AUGGCAGCCAGAAUGAGUAGUUCACCUAAGAGCAGCAGAUUCAAGAUGGAAGUUAGUGUGGAUGACCAAUUUAUACCGGAUAUUUUGCUGCUUGGUGGAGUGUUCGGCGGAAGAAUCAAGUGUUUAAAUUUACAAACUCAUGAACGUGCCAAUUUCCACAGGAAGAAAGCAAAUGCAAUCAUUAAAAAAUACAAUCUCAAACAACAAACAGAGUCAUCAGAACUUCAUGUUAACCAUGUGGCUAAUUUGUAUUUUCGCAUUUCAAUGUCUGCAGCAGAAUGUUUAUCAUCCAACUCAGCUCCACAUACUGAAGUCGAAGAAUGCUUACCUCAAGAUUUUCAACCAGUACCAAUAGACAUUCAUGCUGAGGAUACAGAUUCCAUUGAGGACAUUUCAUUUGAUUGUUGUUACUCUGUAAACAUGGGGAAUCCCUUAUCAUUUCUGAAACUUCUUCAACAUUUUGCGGUUCACACGAGGCAAAAGUUGGAGCAUAUGAGUUAUUUGCUGAAACUGUUGAAACAUUAUCAGCCGGAUCCUUGUUACGACAGCCUACCGAGUACUGGUCGAACUCUCCUUGAAAUCAACAAAUCGUUUUGUUCUUCAUCUAAUGGUUUAAGUGCAAGUGGGACAACCAGUGAAAGACAAAACCAAUCAAAGUGUGACAUACCACAAACUGUGGAAAUUAGUGGUGGUAAAUAUUUGCACCUUGGUCUAGAAAACGCGUUAUCUUGUUCUUCUCCUGGAUUACUUUUUAAGCACUCCGACCUGUUGCAAUAUCGGGCGCAAAGUAUGCCUACUACUGUUGAAAAGUUACCCCAUUUUGAAUACGAUAUAUUUAUUGAUGGUGUACAAAUCUUCAAAAAUGCUGAGAAACCGACAUUGACACCUAUAUUGGGGAGAGUGCAUUCCAUUAGCCACUGUUAUGAUUCUGCUGCCCCCCCUAGAAGGAUCGAUAACUCACAGCCAUGUAUCCUUGGAUUUUUCCAAGGAACCAGCAAACCAAACAUCAAGAAAUUCUUGAGGGCGUUGAUAUCAGAGCUGAAACGUCUGCAUCCCAAAAAUCGGAAUACAUCGGAGACCAGUGGACGCCAGUUUACUGUUUCAUUACGCUGCAUCAUCGCUGACACUCCCAUGAGGUCGUAUUUGAAACGUAUUAUUUCGUGUAAUGGAUAUUGGGCGUGUGAAAGAUGUGUUCAAAUGGGAAUUCCCAAGCGGUUUAAGGAAAUCCCACUAAGAUAUCUAUCGCAUUGUAUGAUUCAUCUUCCAGACGACGUGGAAAAAUAUAAAGUUGGUGUAGAAUGUCUGAGUGCUUUCGUUUAUGAAAAUUUUCAAGGUUAUUUGCGUCAUUUCCUAGCAUCGGGUAACUUACCCGUAGAACAGUUACGUAAUCGCCUUAUUGAGAGAAGCUUGUAUUUGUUACCUACCUCCGCGGACGGGCUGAUUUUGAACAGUGAUGAAUCAUUUGAAAUUGAAGCAUCAAAAUCCGUAGCUGGUAAAAGUAGCAAAAAUGUGUUCAUUAAAUUCAUUGUUAAUCGAAGCAAAACACAAAAAAAAUUGGUUUUUUCUACUUUUGUUUUAGCCAACGAGUAUCCAAACAACGUAUGUAUGUUGCGCAAUGGUUCAAUAAUAAUUGUUAAAGAUAUUGUCGAAUUCCCGACAGGCAGUGGUACAUAUACCCUUGUUGGUGUGAAAUUCCGUUCUUUGGAAAAUGCUUUUUUCAAACCAUACGUUUCGUCUCAUUUCCAAACAUAUCUCGCUUCUAAUGUUUGUUCUAUUGAUGAGUGGGAUUUUACGUCCAUACAGGGGAAAAUGGAGGCAAUUCCUUAUAAAUUUGUCGCUACAAAGAAUAUUGAAUUCCCUGUAAUUGACUCACCGUGA